ACAUAUCAUUGGUCAAUCGUGUUUGGACUGGCGCAGUAAAAAACCUAUUAUGCAAAGUUUGCAAGUUUGCAUAUAAAUAGAUCAAAAUUUUAUAUAUAAACGAAUGCUUUCCUGUUUAGUUGCUUUCUUUCUAUAAUUAUGGCUUCCACACAGGAAAGAAAACACAUUCCUGAACAAACUCAAACAUCUGAUAAUUCAACUGAAAGCGUGUCUUGCGCAUUAUUAGAUGCCGUGGCCCCCGAAAAUAUUACAGACAUGGCAACUGAUCCAGGAAAAAGUAAUGCUAAUGGUUCGGCAAAUGACGCAGCUAUGUCCUCGGUUGAAAGCACACGUACUCCAGAACAGAUUGAGGAGUUAAAGAAAAAAAUAUUAACUCAAGUAGAGUACUAUUUUGGUGACAAGAAUUUACCAAACGAUAAAUUUUUGAAUGAAGUAAGAUCAAAAAACCCUCAAGGAUGGGUUCCUUUGAAAAUGAUAUGCAAAUUCAAGAAAAUGCAAGUUUAUAAAGAUUAUGACUUGAUCAUUGAGGCAUUACGAGAAUCUCCCAACUUGCUUGAAGUCGAUGAACAAGGAGAACACGUCAGACGAAAGACUCUCGUCAUGAUUGACAUCCCUCAGCAUAUCAAAGAUUCUCCAAUUUGGAGAUCAAUUUACGUGAAAGGGUUUAAUAAAGAUGAAAUUGAUACUAAUUACGAGAAAGAAGUCGCGUCGUACUUUUCACAAUAUGGCAAAGUUGAAAAGGCCUUUGCGAGAAGAGAUGAUGAUAACACUUAUAAGGAUUCUUUCUUUAUCCAGUUUGCUACACAUGAAGAAGCCAAGAAAGUGUCGGAGAUGGAUAUAUCAUAUAAGAAUGUAAAGCUUACAAUGAUGAUGAAAUUUGAUUAUUGUGAAAUGAAAUGCGUUGAGAAGGGACUUGACCCUAAUACAAUGCGUUUACAAAAACAACAAAUAACCAAGAAGGAGAAGCGACCUAGUAAGAAAUGGAAUCCCGGUUGUUUGUUACACUUUGAAGACGCAGGUCCAAAAUCAACUUAUUUGACCAUUCGGUCACAAAUGCAAAAUCACUUUGGGGAUGUUAAAUAUGUACAAUACGAUCCAAAAAAUUCAUCCGGCGUUAUCGAAUUUGAACAUCCGAUUGAUCAUAAAAUUAUCGAGUCUACUCCGUCCGAUAAACUGGAAUUUGAUGGCAUUAAACCUAAAUUUAGAAUUCUUGAAGGCGAUGAAGAGAAAGACUAUUAUCAGAAGAAAAAGAAUGAAUUCUUCGAAAAAUCAAAACAAAGUAAUGCACUCAAAGCCGAAUUUGGCAUCAAUUCAGAAGAGAGUAGCGGAAAUAAUACAAAUAAAAACGUUCGAGGUAAAGGUCGAGGUCGUGGGACAACGAGAGGUCGAGGAAACGGCCGAAAGGAAAAACAACAUACUGGCGGUAAAAAAAGAAAGACCGAGUCACAAGACAAACUUGAUGAUGAUGUUGCGCCAACAAACCGAGAAAAGCAAUCCGAAUCCGGUGGCCAAAAAAGAAAGCAGGACGGAUCUGAUGAUGUUGCGGCCGAUGAUCUAUCUCCGACAAAAAAAUCACGCUCUGAGAAGGUACUCUCCGAAGAUGAUGAUGCUAGUCCAGUUGAAGAAAAACAACAUGUUGAGUCCACCGGCCAGGUCAAGCUUAAGGACGAGCCUGAAGACGAUGUGGGUGGUCGGUCUACCAAAGAACACAUUGUCCCUGAAGUUCUCUCAUCAUCUCUCGAAAGGAAGCGCAAGGCUAUCGACCUCAACGAUUCUGAUGAGCUCCAAGAGAGACCACCAAAGUCUCCCAAUUUGGAGAUUGCUGACGAAUAAUAAUAUAUUUAAAAAUUUCUAAUUGCAUAAUGAUUUAAUUAAUUAUAUAUAUUUAAUAAUUACGCUAAUUUAUAUAUUAAAAUUAAACUGAUAAAAGAUCAAUGCUGUAAUCUAAAAAAAAAAUUCAUCAAUACAAAAUUCGUAUUGUCAUGUUUAACCUUCACGUGACCUUUAAUUUAACAAAAAUUGUCAAUACCCAAGAUUUAUAUUGGAUUUGAUCAUAUUUUAAUUUACUGGUGAAAAAUCACAUCCGUCAUAAAUCAUAAACAGAAUUUUUUUUGAAAAAAAAAU